AUGACAAUUGUAACUCAUCCAGAUUUUCAAAUCAUUAAAUUAACAGUAACAAUAAUUAAUGAUACUAAUAAAAAUAACGUCAAUAAUACUAUUGAUCACCCACUUAUUGAAGUCCCAGUUAAAGAUGCUGAAAAAAUUCAUAUUGUUAUCCCUAAUGGAGUUCAAUAUCAAUUCACAUUAUAUUUCCAAGUGAAAAAUAAAUCAUAUAAUAAUGUUCAUUAUAAACAAGUUGUUAAAAAACAUGGAAUUACAAUGAGAACUAGAGAAUUAGAAAUUGGUAGUUAUGAUCCAUCACCAAAAAUUGAAAAAAGAGAGGAAGUAAAUGAACAAGAGGAAGAACAAGAGGAAAAGGAAGAAGAACAAGAGGAAGAACAAGUUGUGACUUAUAUUAAAGAAUUUCCUAUUGAUGAAACUCCAAGUACUAGAUUUUCUAGAGGAUUUUAUUAUUGUACUUCAUGGUAUUAUGUUGGUGAUGAAAAAGAUCCAAUUAUAACUACUGAUUGGACUCUUGAAAUAGUUGCAAAGACUUAA